AUGGACAAAUCGGGCCGUGGCCGCAGCGUUAAGAGCGGAGGCAGUGAUGUUGAUAGUGAUGAGCCGGAUGAGUUCGAAUUAGGGCUAAAUUCCGACGCCAUUUUCGUCAUCAAGCUCCCCGAUUCGCGAUCCCUGCGCGUCGUAUCGAGAUCCCUGUUCCUGGCGGUGGUUCUCCUCUCGUUGCCCUCGAUCGGCUCGAUUAUCCUCGCGGCCUCCCACGCGCCGCCGCUGCCGCUGCACGACGCGGAAUCGUCUGAUUGGAUCGAGAAUCUCCCGAUUCUCCUCCACGAUUUGACGGCGGAGGGGCUUCUAUCGAAAGGGGACAAGGGCUUCGUCCUCGGCGUCUCCGGCGAGGUCGAUUUCGCCGCCAACUGGAUGAAUGCACAUCACGUGUUUGAUUAUAUCUACGCCCCGAGCUUCAGCGCGAUCGAGGAGAUGGGCGGCGGCGCCGUCCGCGACGGCGGCUUGGCGAUCGCGCCGCUGGGCGGCGACAUCUCGGCGGAGCUCCGGCUCCUGCGGAAUUUCAAAAUCGUGUACCUCCGGAGGCUGAACGGCGACACGGUGGUCGCAAUGCGGAAGAAAUCGGAGGCGAAUUCGGGGGCGGGGCGAGUGAUUUGCGGCGGCGGAAUCGGGGGUGAGAAGAAGGAAGCUGCAUUGAGAGGAUUGGAGGAAGUGUAUCUCGAACCCCCGAGAUUUGCUAAGAAAUCGAGUUUCCGAUUCCUGCCGGAUUUGAUGGAGGAUGCGCUGGAUGGGUACCGGCGGCGGGUGUUCGUCGCCGAUGAGGACGGCGCGGUGGAUUGGUUCUACAGCAAUUAUCCGAUGAGGGGUCAGGAGUUCGAGGUGUACGAGAUGGGGGAGGGGGAUUGGGCGGCGGAGGCGGGGGUCGGGGCGGAGGACUUCGUGGUGGUGAAGGCGGAGGCGAGGGCGGCGGAGAGGAUGCUGAGGGACAAGACGAUGUGUGUAGUGGAUGAGCUGUUCUUGGAUUGCAAAGAGGGAGAAGAAGAAGGGAGAAAGAGGGCUUAUUGGGAGUGUGUGGCUUUGUAUGGUAAGAUUAGAAGUGAAGGCAUUGCUGUGCAUCAAUGGUGGUAUUAG